AUGGCAAGAGUUAUUCCUACUGACAUUAUCAUAGAAAUACUCCUUCAUUUACCAGUUAAAUCUCUUCUACGUUUCAAGUGUGUUAGUAAAUCUUGGAAGACCCUAAUAACCAGCCCUAAGAUGUCUGUUGGAGCUCUUGUUAACAACCAUCUUUUACAUUGGAUUGUACAUCUACGUGAAUCUUAUAAGAUAAUAAUUGCAUGUUUUGAUCUUUGCACGGAUGAAUGGAGUUUGAUUAGUGUUCCUGAUGAAAGAGACUUUCAAGUGCAGCUUCUUCGUCGUAAAUUAAGUGUCCAUGAAAAUGGAUGUUUAUGUUUAUCAAUUGUUCAUUGUCAAGAUUUGGUAGAUGUAUGGAUACUCAAGGAUUACGCGGUGAAAGAAUCUUGGGUUAAGAUUAGAGUGUCAAGAAAUUAUCCUUUGAUUUUGAGAUAUCGUUGUUUUCAUUACAACAAAGAGUUGUUUUCAUGUUUACAUGAUUUGCAUGUAUCUGAAAAGUGGUAUGCUGAAAUUUGUACGGGAAGUCUUGUCACACUUCCAUAUGUCCACAAGCUAAAGUUUAGUUGGAAGCAUCGGUUAAGUAAAGCCUUCUCUUGUCUUACCACUUAG